AUGUUGGUAGUGAAGAUCUCUGCUGUCCUCAUCACCUACGCUCUGCUCCUGUGCCACGCCCACCGCUCACAAGCCGCGCCCACAAGUUCCAGGUCCAGUCUGGACUCGGUCUCCCUCUCGGACUUGGAGGUCAGAAGACUUUUGAACGCGAUUCUUCGAGAGUUUGUCCAGAUGAGUGCAGAGGAGGAGCAGGACACCACCAGUACUUUACAGAAGCGUGCUUGUAACACGGCCACAUGUGUCACUCAUCGUCUCGCUGACUUCCUGAGUCGUUCGGGGGGAAUGGGAAACGCCCACUUUGUCCCGACCAAUGUGGGAGCCAAGGCCUUCGGGAGGCGGAGACGGACCGUCCACUGA